CAGAAGAGAUACACGUUACCGGCUACCAAGGAAUCGUUUGAAGAAGAAGCUGCAUAAGUGUGAAAUAUUGGAAUACUAUGACUUUAACUGAGUGUAAUACCACAGAAGACAAAAGUAUGGAUCUGAACAAGACAUUCAAAGAAGUGAUAGAACAAGCUGCAGAUAAAGGCAGAGUAACAACGGGGCUCUACACGUGUGCCAGAGAACUACAGGUGGCACCAGAGGGGGUGUUACUAUGUGUGAUGCCAGUAGAGGAGAAAGAGAGUGAUGAACUGGUCCAUAUGCAGCAUGUACUGAUAGAGGCUCACUGCAGGGAACACAGGAUUACACUUGUAAAGGUGGAUAGUGCAAUGAAGUUGGAGCAGUUCCUCCUGAUUCCAGCAAAUGCUCGUAGGAAACAUAAGGACCUUGACCUUAGUUGUGUUGUAGUUCAGGUUGCAAAGGAGGGGAGGACACAGUUGGAAAGAAAGUUUCUGAAUGGAUGUCGUAAACAUCCCCAUAAUCUGGUAAUCCAGAUUCCGGCCUGAUUUCCCCUGAUGACCGCAUCCCAACGGACAUGCCAUAUGGAAAAGUCUGCAGACUUGUAAGUAAAGGAAGUAGUUCCUGCAAGCUGGCCGGGAAUGGUUCCGUUAUUAUGUUUUCCAUUUUACAUUGUGAAUUCUGCCUGAAAGUGACUGUUCUUCCAAAACCAUGGCUGUAGGAGUGGAGGUGGUGUUUGGACCCCCCACGUAUUGGGGGUUCCCCAUCUCCACUUUCCCCAGCUCUGAUCCUGGCCCUCAGAAUAACACUUUGUGAAUGGAACCUCAUUAUAGCUGGACAUAAACCAUUCCCAUAUGUACUGACUCAUUUUCAGUGUGUACAUUCUAAAUGCAUAUUGGAAAAAGCAUGAAAAAAUAUGAUAAAAGCAAGGAAAGUGAUAGGGAGGCUUUUGAGAAGAAGAAGAAGAAGUUGUGAUGAUGAUGAAGAGGACAGAGAGUGAAGAAAUUAUACAAAAAAAAAAAAAAAAAAAUUCAUUACUUAUGGUGUUCUUUUACAUGAUUAUGACAUUGAUUACAUUUAAUUGAUCUACUUUAA